UUUUAGAAAUAGCCGAUUUCAUUUUUCUUAAAUCUUACUACAUUUUAAAUAUCAUUUUACGAAUGAAAUCAAUGGUGCCGAAAACAAAUUCACUCCAGGCUAACGCCUACCCCAGUUUGAGGGAAUAUUUAAAUGGGCUUUUUUUCUUCUUGUACAUGAUUUAUUUAAAAAAGCAUUAACUUUUAAUGUUUUUAAUUGGCCCCAUGAGGAUACCGCAAGGGGUAAAAGAAACUUCCCUUAAGCUGGUGGAGGCGUCUGUCAAUCAAGCUGCCGAUAUAUAUACAGCAGCAGACCUCGCGCUGUCAUUUCAGAGACUGCAACAGCUCGAGGAGUGGAACUGAAACUCUUACUUGUUACCUACAUCUGAAUGUUCCGCAGUUGAACUCUACAGCCAAGACGCUUGAACUUUCACAUAAAAAAAGGAUUUCCAAAACUCGGUUUUAUUCACAAUUUUUUUCCUCCUGCAAGAUGGAUCAAUCGCUACAGCAAAGCGUGAAUAUUAGCCAGACGAACAGCUCUAUGGACAGGCACUCAGUCUUCGAAGGGGACAGUCAGGAUUUAUUUCAUUCCCAGGAAUUGAAAUUACUGAUACCGACCAUUGUAGGGAUCAUUUGUGUGGUGGGCUUUACCGGGAACAUGAUGGCGGUGGCCGUCCUGGUCAGCAACGCCCUCAAGAGCAAACUGACCCUCAUCAACGGCCUCAUCCUCAACCUGGCGCUGGCCGACGGGCUGGUGCUGGCGUUCGCUGCCCCCUUCAAGGGCGCCUCGUACACCCGGGCCGGCUGGACCCUGGGCUGGUUCGUCUGCAAGACCUGCGACGGGUUCCUCAACUCCUGCAUGGCGGCAAAGAGCUUCACCAUCGCCGCCAUGGCCAAGUCCUGCUACCGCUACGUCAGCAACCCCGGCAAGCAGGUGAACAUCCGGCAGAAGGCCGUGCUCACCGCCCUGCUCUUCACCUGGCUGUCCGCCUGCCUGGUGUCCCUGCCGCACUGGAUGUUCACCACCCUGCAGCGGGACGGGGAAGGGCAUGGGGACGAGCUGGCGUGCGUCCAGGCUGUGCCCGACUUCGCCCGCGACGCCAUGGCGGUGUACGUGAAGGCGUACCCGCUGGUGGCCUUCUGCGGACCCCUCACCUUUGCCCUCCUCUGCUUCUGGCGGGCAUACGGGCGGUGCCAGCGGCGGUCCAGCAAGACCCAGAACCUGCGCACCCAGAUUCGGUCCCGCCAGCUGACCGUCAUGCUCUUCAGCCUGACGGUCGCCACGGCGAUCCUGUGGCUGCCGCAGUGGGUGUCGUGGGUCUGGGCGCGGCACGCGGAGGAGAACGGGGCCCCGCCCCCGCCGCCGCUCUUCGCCGUCUCUGCCGAGCUGCUCAUGUUCUCCAUCUCGCUGGUCAACCCGCUGCUGGUGCUGACGCUCUCUGAGGAGUUCCGCGACGGCUACGCCGGGCUCUGGCGGCGCUUCACACUCCGGAAGACGCCGCCCCCCAAAAGCAAGAUGGGCCCGCACACGCCCUCCGCGCCCCGGUCCCCCUGCCCCCGCCCCGAGCCCGCUGGACACCCACCUCCACACGCCGCCGACAGGGCGGAGCAGCCCAAACGGGACCGGGACCGGGACCAGGACCCCAAACCGCGGGCCGAGGACCCGGACAGCCCCACCAACAAGGACGGCAUCGUCCUGCCGGACCUGGAGCAGUUCUGGCACGAGCGCGAGACGGGCUCCACAGCGCCGGAGAACGACCCGAUUCCCUGGGAGCACCAGAACCAGGCAGAGGUAACCCAGGAGCGCUGAGCUGCCGUUUCACAACCCAGCGCACCUCCAACCCAACACCCUGCACCGCCAACCCAACACCCCGCACCUCCAACCCAACACCCUGCACCGCCAACCCAACACCCCGCACCUCCAACC